AUGCGCUUCGCUCCUCUUCUCUGGUCCUUCGUCUCCUCCUCGCUACUCGCCUCGGCCACCAUCCUCGAGAAUGGCCAGGAGAGACUGAACCCGUGGCCCGGCCAGGCCCCGAACAUCUCGCUCGACGACUCCUGGCGAAACUACGAUGCCGGUGCCCCGGAGAUUUCCUACAAGGGCCGCUGGGAUAGCAAACAUAUCGGUUGGUGGUCAGCCCCCGGCAUCAAAACCGAAUUUACUGGCGACCGAUUGGCCGUGAGCUUCGGUGAACACACGACGGAGGGAGUGUUGGUGGCUUAUCGUAUCGGUUCCCUCGACUGGCUCUUCUCGAACGUGACCGCCGAUACCACUUACCAAUUUGUCUCGCCCGACACGGACAUGGGCGAUAAGCCCGUCGGAGACCCCAAGAUUUUCGAGCUGCGAAUCGCCGGUGUCUCUGUUGCCAGUGAUGCGCACCUCAACAAGGUUGAAAACUUCAAGCGCCGAGUGGAAAUUAUUGGUGGAUCUCUUGCUUCCGGACAAUAUGGCACUUACGAGACUCUCUCCUCGUGGGCCUGGCUCUACGGAGCUGGACUCGGGAAUGUGGAGUUCGACAUUACGGCUUAUCCCGGAGCCUGUCUUGCGGACAUGAAGUGCUACGGCGGAGGCGUUCACGGCAUGCCCUGGUGGUGGCACCGCGCUUCUGACCCCGGUACCCGUGCUCGUGAAAUGUACGACCACGACCCCGAAGAAUUCGACGUCCGUCGCGACCAAGACGCCGAUCUGGUCGUCAUCCAGAUGGGUGGCAACGACCACCGUUCGCCUAACGAAAUCUCGGGCCCCGAUUUCUACCACGACUACAUCCGUCUGAUUGACGAUAUUCACGGCAUCUGGCCCAAGGCUAUCGUUAUCGUUAUGACCCAAUGGGGCGUCUGGACCAAGACCGGAACCGAAUGGGUCCCCAACUCCGUCUACGAGUCCGAGAUCAAGCGCGUCCACGACCACUACAAGGAGAAGGGCUUCGUGCACUGGUUCGACACCGCCGGUAUCCUGCAGCACAACGACAUCAACCCCAAGAACCACCCCACAGAUGUCGGCCACAUCAAGCUGGCCAGCCACCUGCUGCAAUGGACCCGGAUGAUCAUGAGAUGGCCCCUCGAGCCCAUGGGCGAAGUCCAGCACGGUACCGAGUACUGGAACAACAUGCAGCAGUACUAG